UGUCACAACAAGAAAAUUUCCCAAAGUUUGUGUAAUUCAUGCAAUUUAAAUCUUCCGGAAAUUGUAUUUCUUUGAACAAUUCUCCUGAAAACUGUACAAUUAAUUGGAUAAUUCCAUUCAUAAUCGGAUAACGUACAAAAAUCUAAAAGCAUUAUUGUUUGUGGUGUUGCCUGAAACCGACUUCCAACAUCUUUCCCUUUGUUGUUUCGGCUCAGUUUGGUGAAGGAAGGAAGACCACAAGAUUGAGCGCACGCAAAACAUUGGUGGGCGGUGGAUGGCGGCUAUGAUGAUUCAUAGCAGCCGUUCCUCGAUGAAUAUUAUGUACCUAUAGAUAUGUUGUGCAGUUUAACUACUGAAGCACUGCUGAAAAUGUGUGUUUUCUGUCUCGCAGUCACCUGGGUAAGAUUUUGAGUUGAUUGGGCGGCAAGGAAUCCACUGGGGGAUGUGUGACCGAUAGCAACGGUGUGUGUAUUCCGACGCGUGUUUGUGACGAAGAGAAACCAAAUUAGGAAAAGUGCAAAAUAAAACCAAAGAAAAAACAAAAGUAGUCCUGCAAAGCCAGAAAAGUGCUACGCCUUUGUUGUGAAGGGCGUCUGCUGGAAAGUCCAACGGCAGAAAGGAAAAGGAAAUCAAAGUGUUGAUCGGUAUUUAUAAUAAAUUGCCUUGCUGAUUGGAGAAAGGUGCUAGGAAAAGUGUGUUUAAUUUGUGAAGAAGUCUGAGUAUUAAAAAUAGGUUCAAUCAUUCCGGACCAACAGCUGUUUUCGCGGGGGAUGGCUUCGUUCUUCAAUGUGGGUGCCCUCGGGGGUAACCCAUUCUCUACACCAGUUGGACAAAGAGUUGAGCAAGCAACAGACGCCAGCCUGGCCUCCGAAAAUUGGGCCUUGAACAUGGAGAUAUGUGAUUUAAUCAACGAAUCUUCGGAUGGCGCUAGGGAUGCCAUGAAAGCCAUCCGCAAGCGACUGGUACAAAAUGCCGGCAAAAAUUACACCGUUAUAAUGUACACCCUGACCGUACUAGAAACGUGCGUUAAGAAUUGUGGCAAAGCAUUUCACGUGCUUGUGGCCAACAAGGAAUUUGUUCAGGAACUGGUAAAAUUAAUCGGUCCGAAAAACGAUCCACCGCCCAUUGUACAGGAAAAGGUCCUGAGCUUGAUUCAAAUCUGGGCGGAUGCGUUCCGCUCUCAACAGGAUCUGAACGGAGUGGUGCUGGUGUACCAAGAGCUAAAGAACAAAGGAAUCGAGUUUCCCGCUACCGACUUAGACUCACUGGCGCCCAUCUACACACCACAGAGGAGCGUUCCAGAUGGAGCCGCCACUGAAAGUACGAUUUCGAUUUCACCACACCAUGCCUCGCAAACACCAAAUUCGCCGGCUAUGCCUCCACCAUCGUCAAUGUCACAGGAUCAAAUCGCCAAGCUACAGUCCGAACUGGACAUUGUCACAAUGAACAUGACCGUACUGGGAGAUAUGUUGACUGAGCUGAAACCCGGCCAGGAAGAUCCUUCCGAUUAUCAGCUGCUCACAGAUCUCACUAACACGUGUCGGGAAAUGCAGGGCAGGAUUGUGGAACUAAUAGGAAAGGUUAACCAUGACGAGCUUACGGCAGAACUUUUGCGGCUAAACGAUGAACUGAAUUUGCUUUUUGUGCGGCAUGCCCGGUUUGAGAAAAAUCGUGAUCCGAAAACUGCUUCUUCGACCACCCCAUCGGCAAUUCUUGGGGCAGCUAUGGGCGUCCCAUCAGAUCUGGUAGCAUCGACCGUCACUAGUGGCACGGACAAAAAGGAAUCGUUGAUCGAUCUCAGUGACGAAGCCAGCGGAGGUGGCGUUGCCGCACUCAGUUCGCAACUGGCUGGACUCAGUUUAGCUGGAUCAUGCACCACAGCUUCGUCUCAGUUGUCGCAGUUAAGUAGUGUUCCGGCACAGUCUGGAGCGGUGGCGAGCGCCAACAGCAGCAAUACAAAGAAGAUUGUACCACCGGAUGUGGUUUCCGAUGAGUUCGAUAUGUUUGCACAAUCCCGUAAUACGACAGGUGAAAACGUGAAGGAUACUGCAAAAAUUGACCUGUUAGGUCAACCUAAAACAACUUCAACACCAUUGGACGAUCUGGACAACCUGGAACAAUCGAACGGUAGCGGUAAUGGCGGUGGCCCCGAGGAGAGUCUUACCAGUAAGGAGUUUGAGAAGUUCCUUGCCGAACGAGCAGCUGUAGCCGACAACCUACCGUCUAUCUCCAGCCAAAUUGGCAGUGCAGGCCCAAACAGCGCUUCCAAAGGAGGCAAGAAAAAAGACAACGACGAUGGCUUGCUGGCGUUGUGAACGAAGUGCGACAUAUACGGGUAAGGUUUUGAUGAUUAAUUUUGUAUCACUACGACUACGGACUAAGGAAAUAUUGGCCGUGUUUUGUUGGGAUUAUAUGAUAUGUGAUAAAUGUCGUUUGGAGCGAAGAAUCGAAAAGAUUCUAUAAUGUUUCUAGAGUUCAGGAAAUAUACGCAAUGGAUGAAACAAAAUCCAAGGCGCAUUCCAACAGCCUUGGGGUUCAGACAACCCCAGACAAGCGCCAUAUUUUACUAUAUUUGAUUAGCUGUAUUUAUAUUGUUUUCUUCUGUUGUUGGAAGUUUAGCGGUAAAAGUGCUAACCGUAAAAUACAAAAAUCUACCAUUUUCACUAGAUAAGUAUACAUUGAAAAUAGUUGUGGGCCAUAUAUUGGGCCAAAAUAAUAACAAGGUUCGUCACUAGCAACUUGGUCAGUUAAAAAAUAGUUUGAUUACCAAUAUCCUCUUACAACAAACCUUUAAAAAAAUCUUGUCCUUUAAUCACAACUCUUGUAAUACAAUAGUAAUCAAGCAAUCAUCAUUGAGGAAGGAAGAGAAUUCCCCAUGCUUGAAUAGUCGAAACACAAAAAAAUACAUUUUAUAAUGCUAGUGUAUGAGCACUUCAAGGCCAAAUAUUUUUGACGGAAAAAUAUGGAACAGCCAUUGUGUUAAGUCAUAUUUUUCAAACAUUUGUUAUCCCAAAUUCGCUAAAAUCGGCAAAAUUAUUUGUAUUUUAUGAACAGUUGGACCUAUAUUUAAAAGAUGUUUUUAUUCUACAACUAUUCGGCCAUAUAAAAUUAUUUAUACUUAGGAUUAUUAAGGAAGAACAUACAUUCUGAGAAAACUGAGGUCAUACUAGUUUUUCACUCUUGGUACAAGAAUAUUUCACAAAAAAAUUAAAUCUUUUCGUUGCUAUCACGAGUUUUAGCUUGAAAGCAAAUUCAACGUAACAUGCAUAAGAUAUAUCGCAGAACAAAAUCACUACAGAGAAUGUAAUAAUAAAUGAGAAAUAACCGGUAAAGAUGAA